UCUUUUCAUUUCUGCAAGAACAAGAUAAACCCUAGAUCAUUCUCCCACAUACAAGACUCAUCGCCAUGUUCAUCUUUCUCAUUAUCUUUGUCUCUCUUGGGUUUCUCCUCUUUUCUUUCUUAUUUUCUAUCUUUCAAGAAUUCCACUACAGUCGUUUGAAAUUACUCGCCGCUGAUGGUCCUCCCUCUUAUCCAAUUAUAGGCUGUUUGCUCUCUUUCUAUGAGAAUCGUCAUCGCCUCUUAGACUGGUACACCCAUCUUUUAUAUUUGUCUCCGACGCAAACCAUUGUAGUUGAGCGGCUGGGUGCUCGCCGGACCAUAGUCACUGCUAAUCCGGCCAAUGUUGAGCAUAUGCUCAAGAUCAACUUCAGUAACUACCCUAAAGGUAAACCCUUCACUGAUAUCCUUGGAGACCUUCUUGGGUGUGGGAUAUUUAAUGUUGAUGGUGAAUUAUGGAGCUCUCAACGUAAGCUGGCUAGCCACGAGUUCAGCACUAAGUCUUUGAGGGAAUUCGUGGUGAAGACGCUGCAGGAAGAAGUGGAGAAUCGUUUAAUACCUCUUCUGGAACAAGCUGCAGAUGGUGAAAAGGUUCUGGAUUUGCAAGAUGUGUUAAGAAGAUUUGCAUUUGAUAUUGUGAGUCGGGUUUCUUUGGGGAUGGAUCCUUUUUGUUUGGAUCUUUCACGUCCCUUGCCGCCACUUGUUAAGGCGUUUGAUGCUGCUUCUGAGAUUAGCGCCAUGCGUGGAGCCGCACCAGUUUCUGCUGCGUGGAAGAUUAAGCGAAUGCUGAAUAUAGGUGUUGAAAAAAAGCUCAAAGAAGCAAUAAAGCUCGUCCAUAGCUCAGUUCUAGAAAUCAUCCAAAACAAAAAGAGGGAUCUUGAGGCUGACCGAGAAAGCAAACGAGAUAAUGAUCUUUUGUCUAGAUUGUUAUCAGCUGGCCACGACGAGGAAGUUAUAAGAGAUAUGCUAAUAAGUUUCAUUAUGGCUGGAAGAGACACAACAUCAGCAGCAAUGACUUGGCUCUUUUGGUUGCUUUCAAAGCACCAGUCCUCGGAAGAAAUGAUUGUGGAUGAAGUUGAAACAUUACUCAAUAAUGGUGAAGGGGCCAUAGAUUAUGAUUUACUUAAAGACAUGAACUUCUUGAAAGCAAGUUUAUGCGAGUCCAUGAGAUUGUAUCCUCCAGUUGCAUGGGACUCGAAGCAUGCUCUCAGAGAUGAUGUACUUCCCGACGGGACUUUUAUAGGGAAGGGAGACAGAGUGACCUAUUUUCCCUAUGGAAUGGGAAGAAUGGAUAAUUUGUGGGGCAAGGACUGCCUCGAGUUUAAACCAGAGCGUUGGUUAGAGGAACCAGUUGGGUUGGGAAACGGCGGUGCGGCAAUGAAGAUGGUGAGUCCAUUCAAGUUUCCGGUGUUCCAAGCGGGUCCAAGGGUGUGCCUUGGAAAGGAGAUGGCGCUUAUACAGAUGAAGUAUGUGGUGGCUUCCGUGGUUAGGCGGUUCAAGGUGAGACCCGUAGGGGAGGAGCAGCCUGUUUUUGUCCCUCUAUUGACGGCGCACAUGGCUGGUGGGUUGAAGGUUUUGGUCAAGAGAAGGAAAUGAGAAUGGUUCCAUGCGGUUGUAAAUUAAUUAAUGGUUGGCCUAAUUGACGCGGUGCAAAGAAUCCUACGUCUAGUCGUUUUCGUGGAAAAUCCCAUGUCUUGCUUUAGAGACGAUAGUCCAACGACAGAAAAGGAAGGAAGAAAGAAAGAGUCUUUUAAUUAACUUUGAUUAAUUAUUUUAUGCAAUAAUUAUAUUUUAUUUCCUAUUAUAUCUGAAAUUGUACUCCAAUCGGAUGAUAACAAAUUAAUAUAUUUAAUUGAUAUAUAUUAGCAUGCAAAA